CUGUCCUUUUGGGCUUCUUGUACUUCAAUUUUCCGAAGUGCCCAUUAACACCAUUUCCACCAUCCUUAUCUCCUCUUCCAAUCUCCUCUCUAAAGUUUGUGAUUUUUUUUUCUUACUUUUUUAUAAAUUUGAUUAAAAUUGGAGAUAGUUAUACUCUUAUAGACCAUCAACUAUAUGUAGCAAUUAAUUUAUAUGUAAAUUUUGCAUGUCGAUCGUGUAGAGAAGAGAAUGGAGUCAAAGAAACAUGCACAAGACAAGUCAUCAUCUCCACUGUUCCUACCAGCUCAAAGAGACGUCCGUGGCUCACUUGAAGUAUUCAACCCAUCAGCCAACGACACCACCGCACCAUUCCGACCACAGCCCACCUGGCGGAGCUGGGCGGAGUCGCCGCCACAGAACAACCCAGAAACGCCACCGUCGGAGGCAGUCAAUGUUAAUGUUGCUAGCCUUUCGACCUCUCAUUCCGGCAGAUUGCCAGCUGACGAGAUCAAGUCAUGGAUGGCCCUGAAAGAUCCUAACCCGUAUGAAGUUCCGCCGGUGACGUUGGCGCCAAAGUCACCGGCCUUUGCUCAAAGUUCCAAGGCGGCUGUGAUGGCACCACAGUCGCCGGGUGGAAUAGUGGGUGCUGCUGAACAAAGAGCGGCGGAGUGGGGUUUGGUUCUGCAAACAGACACCGAGACUGGUAAGCCACAGGGGGUUAAAGUAAGAACCUCCGGCGAGGAUCCGAAUGCUAAACCCGGUUCAAAUAGGAGGGAUUCGGGUAAUUCCCUUCAGAGUUCCAGUGAUAUAUCAGAUGAUGAGGGAUUGGGAAAAGAGAGAGGUUUUCCAAGAGUAUCAGAGGAUUUGAAGGAUGCAUUAUCGACAUUUCAGCAGACAUUUGUGGUUUCAGAUGCCACAAAACCAGACUAUCCAAUUUUAUAUGCAAGUGCUGGUUUCUUUAAGAUGACUGGUUACACUUCCAAAGAAGUAAUCGGCAGAAAUUGCCGGUUUCUACAGGGUGCAGACACCGACCCGGAAGAUGUGGCUAAAAUUAGGGAAGCGUUGCAAAAGGGCACGACCUUCUGCGGUAGGCUCCUCAACUACAAGAAGGAUGGCUCGACCUUUUGGAACCUUCUCACUGUUUCACCCAUCAAAGAUGAAGCUGGCAACAUCCUCAAAUUCAUUGGAAUGCAAGUGGAGGUGAGCAAGCAUACAGAAGGGACGAAAGAGAAGACGCUCCGGCCAAAUGGGUUGCCUGAAUCUUUGAUUCGAUAUGAUGCCAGACAAAAAGAGAUGGCAUCGAGUUCAGUGACCGAGUUGGUGGAGGCAGUGAAAAGACCUAGAUCACUCAGUGAGUCAACCAAUCGUCAUCCAUUCAUGACGGAAUCAGGAAAGAAGGAGAAACAAGACAAAGCCGAUGCGUCGGGUUUAGGCCGGCGUAAAUCUGCAGAGACUACGUAUACUCCGCCACCACCUCCUCCACGAAGAAAUUCACACGCCGGCGUUAGAACCAUCAAAACCAUGCAGCCAAUCGACGAGCUUCCUGAAAAGAAGCAGAAAAAACCAAGACGUCUUUCUUUCAUGGGAAUCAAGAAGAAAAAUCGUAAAAGUAGUGAAGAAUACGAUGACGGAUUCGAGGGAGACAUUAACAUUCAGGAUACCGAUGGUGAGGUUGACGAUGAAGAUGAUGGGUUUGAGCUUAAGAAAGCUGAUUCGAGGCCAGAAAGCUUGGACGACAAAGUUAGAAAGAAAGAAAUGAGAAAGGGUAUUGAUCUCGCAACAACCCUUGAACGUAUUGAGAAAAACUUUGUCAUCACUGAUCCUCGACUUCCCGAUAAUCCCAUCAUAUUUGCGUCGGAUAGUUUCUUAGAGCUAACAGAGUAUAGUCGAGAAGAGAUUCUGGGAAGAAAUUGCAGGUUUCUUCAAGGGCCAGAAACUGAUCCAACAACCGUCAAGAAAAUCCGAGACGCCAUUGAUAACCAAAGAGAAGUUACUGUACAACUCAUCAAUUAUACAAAAAGCGGCAAAAAAUUCUGGAAUUUGUUUCAUCUGCAGCCUAUGCGUGAUCAAAAGGGAGAAGUGCAAUACUUUAUUGGAGUGCAAUUAGAUGGAAGUCAGCAUGUUGAGCCACUUCACAACUGUAUCCCUGAAGCUACUGCUAAAGAUGGUGCUGUUGUGGUGAAAGAGACUGCAGCAAACGUAGAUGAAGCAGUCCGAGAACUUCCAGAUGCUAACAUGACCCCAGAUGAUUUAUGGGCAAAACAUUCGAAUGAAGUUCGCCCCAAGCCUCAUAGAAGGGAUAGCUCAGCCUGGAAUGCUAUUUUAAAGGUUAUUGAGAGUGGAGAAAAGUUAGGAUUGAAGCAUUUUAAGCCCAUAAAGCCUCUAGGAUCCGGUGAUACAGGAAGUGUUCAUUUGGUUGAGUUAUGUGGAACUGGAGAGUUCUUUGCAAUGAAAGCAAUGGAUAAAAGUGUAAUGCUCAAUCGUAACAAGGUGCAUAGAGCAUGUGCAGAAAGGGAGAUCUUGGAUAUCUUAGACCAUCCUUUUCUUCCAGCAUUAUAUGCUUCCUUUCAGACACCAUCUCAUGUUUGUUUGAUCACCGAUUACUGUUCUGGAGGAGAACUUUUUAUGCUUUUAGACAGACAACCAAUGAAGGUCUUGAAGGAAGAGGCUGUAAGAUUCUAUGCUGCAGAGGUGCUCGUGGCCUUAGAGUAUCUUCAUUGUCAAGGUAUUAUAUACAGAGAUCUGAAGCCAGAAAAUGUAUUGAUACAAAGUAGUGGACAUGUAGCUUUGACUGAUUUUGAUCUUUCCUGCUUGACAUCUUGCAAGCCUCAGCUUUUGAUUCCUGAAGUAAAUGAAAAGAAGAAGAGGAGGCAUCAUAAAGGUCAACAGACUCCAAUCUUCAUGGCCGAACCAGUGAGGGCAUCGAAUUCUUUUGUGGGAACAGAAGAAUAUAUUGCUCCGGAAAUUAUAAGUGGAGCUGGACAUUCUAGUGCAGUGGAUUGGUGGGCUCUUGGUAAUUUUUUGAACUUAUCUAUCAAUUUCUCUUUAGAGAUAUUACUAGUUUUAGAUUAUUUAUGGUUGUUCUUUGUAGGUAUUCUUUUAUAUGAAAUGUUUUAUGGGUACACGCCAUUUAGAGGAAAGACGAGGCAAAGAACAUUCGCCAAUGUUCUUCAUAAAGAUCUCAAGUUUCCUGGUAGCAUACCGGUAAGCCUUCAAGCCAAACAGUUGAUUUAUAGAUUAUUGCAUAGAGAUCCAAAGAAUCGGUUGGGUUCACAUGAAGGUGCAAGCGAAGUGAAACGACACCCUUUCUUUCGGGGUAUUAACUGGGCUUUAGUUCGUUGCCAGAGUCCUCCGAAGCUGGAGACUCCUGUGUUUGGAGCAGAUGAAGAUGAAAAGGUCAAAGAGGCUGACCCUGGACUCAAAGAUUUGGAGAAUAAUGUUUUUUGAAAGUUUUGUGUGUGUGUUUGUGUGUGUUUUUUGCUUAAAUUUAUUUCUGAAGUUGUAUAAAGAACGGUUUUAUAUGCGAAUUUCAUUUUCUUGAUUUUAUUUGUGUUUUAAAGAACUAAUAAAGGAUUUAAAAAUCAAUAUUAUUUGUGUGCUCCGAUUUUUAUA